UUGACGUUACGAUACUGUAUACAUAGAAAAUGCAGGAAACAUGUAAACAUCAAUAUUUCUCCAGUGUUUCGUUUCGAAACAAUUUUCUAUCGAUAAAAUAGUAAAAACACCCCGUUUUACACAGAAGCAAGAUACUUCACAAUGGGAUUCGUCCAACGAGCCCUAUUUACUUGGUUCAUCCUGCUAGUGUUUCUUAUACUACUAUGUCUGCGAUUGGAAAACCGCAUCAACUGGAACUGGUUUAUCGUCUUUAUUCCGCUUUGGCUUUACGAUACGAUUCUAAUCACCUGGGUGGUAAUCGAAAUCAUCCAGCGACAGCACGCCAAUCGAUUGAUUUCCUUCCGACACUACAAUUAUUACGUAGCUGGAAUAUUGCUGAAAAUUUUAUCGCAAAUUUCGAUCUGCCUCAAGAUGGAGUACAAUUCAAUGCCGCUGUAUGGAAUGAUGUUUCCCAUCUGGUGCCUGCUGGUGAUGCUGCUAGUUUACAUGGCUACCAAUCUGCAACCCAAGCCACGGUCGGCUGGGUCGAACAAGAGCAAUCGACAGACGGCAACCGCUUCGUCCUAGGGGUACGUUCGGGUGAAGCUGUAAGUUUCACCUUCACUUUGGAAGCUAAUAGGGUGUGGAUGUUUUACUGAAUUUCGAUGAAAAAAUGCUGGUGAGUUGAUCUUUGUUUUGAAUAAUUGAAGUUAAAGUUAAAAAUUUGCAGGAGAGUAGCUCGCUACUGUGCUGCUUCAUGAUUCGUAUUACAGUAUAAUUAAGGUGGAAUAAAAUCAAUUUAAUAAUGGAA